AACCAAUUUGGCCCUUCGUGCUACCUGCAGAGGCGAGAGACGGGCGCAGUGUCACCUGAGACUGUUAAUCAUUCAGCGUCUAACGUGCCCUAAAGACAGUCGUGUAAGGAGCCGGCUUCCCCGGCAGCAUAGGGUAACGAAGAUGUGGAAUCACCAGAAAAUGGAUGAAGAGACUUUGGGGGAGGAAAAUAAUGAGCGAUCGAUGGAUUUGCAUGUUCAAACUGUGACUGAGAAAUGUAAAAUGUCAAUGAUUGCCAUGCCGAAAUUCCGCUUCUAUCAAGAGGAAGUACAGCCAAAAGGUGCAUCUACAGGUAAAUGUGUCGUUUUCCUCAUUCUCAUCGUCGUCCUCAUCCUGGCGGGCCUAUGCAGUGUAAUUGCUGGCAUUAUCAUAUCGGAAAAACAAACCACUGGAAAUGUUUGGAAAGUGCACACCUUACAUUUAAACACGACGGAAACAGGAAGAGUAGAAGAACAAAUACAUCUCGACACUACUGACGAAAUUGUCAAAUACACCAUCUCAGAGGGUCAGUUUACAGCCAUAUAUGAUUACUCACGGGGUUUGAUAGUAAUCAAAACCGAGCCUUUGGCAAGAAUGCAUGAUAAGUUAGGCCGCUGCUUUCUCGCUACGGAAGAUCCCACCCUAGACAGCUCGGAACCUUUUAGUAGUGAGGCGCUUGAUGCAUUCCUUCAAAAGACCAAGAUGCUGAAUGUUCGGGGAUCCCGUACAAGUGUUCGUAAUUACACAGUUUCACAUAAGCCAAUUUCCGAGACUGGUUUCCUUCAAGAACCUCUCAGAAACAGUUGUGAUAAUUUGGACACGCUCUGGUUAAUUCCCACUUCAGUUCAUGAAGGAACAAACAUUGGGCUACACGAGCCGCAAAAUUUAGAUAAAAGGGAGUUGGUGCGUGGUUGUGUUUGGACUGCAAGAGUAAAACAUGCACAAAUUAGUAUGGAGAAAGAUUGUUACAUAAUUUCAAGUGACCUCUGAUAUAUGAAGUGCAGGACAUUAUCAUAUUUCAUUUUAUGGGAUUAUAUGCACAAAACUGUAGUAUUUCAAGAGAAUUAGAAAAGGAAAGCCGG